AUGUGUACUCGGGAACAGUACACCGUAGGCUGGAUCUGCGCCAUCACAACCGAAUAUGUCGCCGCGAAGCAGAUAUUGGACACCAGGAACACCUACACUUUUGGCAAAGUUGGGAGCCACAAUGUUGUCAUCUCGGUCUUACCGAUCAGAGAACACAGAAUAUCGUCAGCAGCACGUGUGGCCGAAGAAAUGAUUCACAAUUUCCCGAAUCUUCGCAUCGGCUUGAUGGUUGUCAUAGGCGGCGGGGCACCCAGACCGAAGCACGAUAUACGCCUUGGGGAAAUCGUUGUGAGCACUCCCCACAAUGAUCACGGCGGUGCUUUCCAGUAUGAUUUUGGAAAAACGAUGCGACACCAAAUUUUCCAGCAAACAGGUUUCCUUGAUCAGCCACCUACUGUUCUUCGCGCCGCGGUUUGUGAGCUCCGAGCACAAUAUAUGAGCGACGGUCACGCCGUCGAUGAUGUGGUCAGCAAAAUUCUGGAAAAAGAGCCAAGACUGCGAAGGGAUUUCGAGCGCCCAGACCCUGCCACGGAUCUUCUAUAG